AUGGAAGAUUACGCCCGUCAACGACCGUACGGAGGGAUGCAGAUCCAGCCUUACCAAGGUGGUCCUGGAGCCGGCGACUUCAGGAGCUAUAGCGCAUCGUACGCGACGACGGAGAACGAUCUGAAAAAGGAGAAGUCGAUAGCGAGGUCGAAAUCGUGGGGGAUAACCGACCCGGAGCUCCAGAGGAAGAAACGGGUCGCGAGUUACAAGAUGUAUAGCGUUGAAGGCAAAGUCAAAGGCUCUUUUAGAAAAAGCUUCAGAUGGCUCAAGCAGAGAUACACACAGGUCGUCUAUGGUUGGUGGUGA